AUGGCCGGCAGAGGCGCCGGUAGCGGCUCGCAGCCGCCCGCCGUGGCUCAGCCGCUCGCCGGCGGUCACCUGUACCCCUUCGUGAGCGCGGAGAGCGAGGGGCCCGAGGAGGAAGGCGAGGUGUCGGAACUGCGGCCGCGGGGCAGGGAGAAGGUCCGGUGGAGCGCGUCGAGGGACAGGCUGGAUGAUAUCGUCCUGUUGACGAAGGACAUCCGGGAAGGGGACACGCUGAACGCGAUCGCGCUGCAGUUCUGCUGCUCGGUUGCAGAUAUCAAGAGAGUUAACAAUCUUCUCAACGAUCAGGAUUUUUUUGCCCUGAGGUCUGUCAAAAUUCCAGUGAAAAAGUUCAGUGUCUUGACUGAAACCCACAAAUCUCCAAAAGGAAGACCAGCUCUUCGACCUGUUCUGUGUUCCCCAGAAGUACAGGAAACAUCUCUUUGUGAUAAAUUCUCUGCUAAUGAGACUGCUGGCAACUUCCUAAAAGAAGUCGAUCGAGAUAUAGAAGAAAUAGUGAAGUGUAAUGACACAAAGAGAGAAAAUCUGAAUGAAGUUGUUUCUGCUUUAGCAUCCCAACAGAUGUGUUUUGAAACUGAUGGUAAAACUAAAAAAUGCAAGGAUCCUUACUAUGGAGCAGACUGGGGUAUAGGAUGGUGGACAGCAGUAGUGAUUAUGUUGGUUAUUGGCAUAGUAACUCCAGUUUUUUAUCUCCUGUAUUAUGAAGUUCUAGUGAAAGCAGAUGUCAGUCACCAUUUCCCAAUGGAAUCUUCCCAUUUGUUUGUCACAGCAGUAUCACAUCAAAAAGAAAUAGAAAAUGGAAUAAAUCCGACAAAUAUUAUGAAAGUUGAUAAUCAAGGAGACCUUCAGCAUUAAUAGUGGAAGACUCUAGACAACUGUUAUUUGUAGAUACAUAAUGUAACCUUAGGUAAAGGGGAAUCCACGGAAUCCAAAAUGCAUUUGGAACAGAGAGAAAAAGUGUACUGAUGUGUGACUUGCCUUUAUGGGCAUUAUUCCACUACAAGGAUAUUUCUGGGGAUCACAUAAUCUCUGAAUGUGCCUGAGACAGGCAGUUUGCAAGAUUAGGGUGUAAAUUAAGGUAUGAAGACAUCUCUGAAGCUUUGCACUUUUUUCUGUUUUCAUAGGCAUGUUUCUUAAAUAAUGAUGAGGUGAAAAAAUGUAGUUCAAACUAAUAUACAAGGAGUCUCACUGUGAGUGUCUUUUACAGCCCAUAAAUGGGCAUAUGGGGAUAGCUAACUUUUAAACAUCUGAAAGUAUUUAUAUAAUUCAUAGUAGACGACAUUUUAAUAUCAGGUUUACAGUUGUAAUUUAAAGUAGUGUUCUCAUAAUUUUAUCUUUCUUAUAGAGUAAGAUUGUUUUUAAGACUCAGUCAUUCCAUAAUUAAUUGCCUCUAUGAAGUUCUUUUUACAACUGACUAUUACAGAGGCAGUAGCAAAUAGUUAAACUGGAAUCUUGAAGUCUUGUGCCUAUGGUCAGCCCAUUUAGUACUUUUCAGUAUAGGCACUAGGGUAAUUUGUUUUCUCUGUAUGACUCUGUCCAGUUAAGAGUCUUCCUGAAACUUCACAUUCUUCCUUAGUAUUGUGCUGAAAACUGACUGGACUGCAUUCUCAUCUGAUCACCUGUGUGUAGAAUGAAGUGCAGAAGUGUGGUACCUUGCUGUAACUGUCCCAGUAGUCCUUACUUUCUGCUGAUAGAUUUUUUUUUUUUCCCCGUCCAGUUAAUCCCAGUUCAGGACCACCUGAUUCUUCAGAGAGCAGUCAUUAAUAUUGGUCUUGUGCCCAUGAGCCUCAAGCACUUAAAUUUUUUCCUGAAGUGUCCUAGAAAACUUCAAAUUAUAUUUAAUGCCUGCUAGCAAAUUGCAGCAGAAUAGACAACUUGCAGCUUCAGACUUGUUCUUUGCAUAUUAGUGUAUUCAUUAACCACUCUGCUUUUGAAUGUUUCUUUUGUAGUUUCAUAAUCGGCCUUGGUUUUUCCUUCUUUUUCUUCCCCAUCUGAAAAUGCUACAAUAACAAAACAAAUACAAUUAAAUACAAUACAAAACAUAAAUAAAAACCCUAUACCUUUGGAGUCUUCAUAUAGAAAGGAGAUACUUGUGUACUCAGAAUACUUCUAAAUAAAAAUUGAGAUGGUGCCUAUAAUUUUUUGGUUAUAUCUGCCUUGUGGAGCAAGAAUUCCAUUCCCUGUUCAAAACAGUAUUUAUUACCAAAACCCAAGAUAACAAACUUAAUUGCAACUUAACAAGAGAAAAGUAGAAAAACAGUCAGUGCCCUUUAAACUACUCUUUUAACCUUUCCUAUGAGUUUAUUGACUAAGUAUAUACAGUAAAAAAAGUCAGGUAGCAUGAAUGUGUUCUAACUAUUAAGGUAUUCAAAAAUGCUUUGUUAGAUUCUGAGAGUUAAGUCUUAGGCACCAUCUAUUUUUGGGGCACCUGUUGCCUCAGGAAAUGGAGCGGAUAGUCUUCACUGGCAUGCCAAGUGUAUGAACAAGAACUGGCUAACCUGUGUUAUGUUGAAAUGGAGGCAGGCCAAAGCUUGAAGGAAAAUGGUGCACAGGUGUACAGUUAGUAUAUAAUCAUAGUUACCUGAACUAUGAUCUGUAACCGUUGAACUUUUGAAUAAAGGAGUAUCUGGGGAGAUAGUGAGCCUACUCAUAGUCUCUACAGUAGAAAAGGGAUUACAAGCAUCAUGAACUUGGUGGUUUGCAUGACACUUGUUUUCAAAGGUCUUUUCAAAUAGUAGUUCUUUUCAAUAAGAGAAUAUGCCAGUAAGACAAGCAAAAUCACUGAGGUUGCAGUUCCAAUGCUGUAUCAAAAAAUGCUUCCAAAAUAAUUUAUGGUGGCUAAAGCAGUAACAGCUCUCACAGUUAAAACCUUGAAAGGUGACUCACUCAGACAAGAAAGCUUUGGCAUAUAAAAUCGGAUGUUUUCUAUGUAGCAUGAAAUUUGGUAUAUAAUGCAUAUUUUUUUUGCUGCAAGCCUUUUUUUUUGUUUUGCUGCUUCUCCCAUCAUUCUGUUGCUGAAACUCAGCCAGUUUGUAACACUCUAUCCUCCCAUUUCUUACGGAUUCAUCAAAGAACAUUAAAUUAGCUAUAGUGAUGAUGCAGCAUAAGCCUAAUAUUAAGCAUAUACCCAAACUCGUGGUUACUAAAUUGCUAUGGUGCAGAAGUGAAAUUAACUGCAGUUGGGGUUUGACUAGGUCAGGAAGACCUCUGACCUGUUGAUGUAUUGAUACAGAGGUCUGUGGUGGUGGAGCUGAAGAGUCCUCUAGUGUGUCCCAGACUCUAGGCUUUUACAGUAUUAAAGACCUAUGGCUUACUGGCACUGAGUUAAGGGUGAUAUACCUUGAUUUACCUUAGGAUAAGCAGUCUUUGGAAAAAUAAAAAGGGACAGCUGUUUUAUGGGACCAUAUUCCAUUCUAACCAAGAGCCUGGCAUGUUUUACGUAUGUAUUACAUAGCAUAUUUCAUACAGUAAAUUUUUAAUUAGAUUUAACUUAAUCAGAAGAUACAGUAGAUCUCUCUUCAAGACUGUAGAACUCCUGAUCCUCAUAAUCUACAACUACCAGCUGACUUGACUUUCUGCAGAAUGUGGACAUCUUUACAGCUUUUUUCGGAAGUACAGUACUACUGGUAAUUGAUCAUUACAUGUGGGCCCUGAAUAAACAGGGUAACUGCUCUGUGAGGAACUUAAAUGUGAUUCAUGUUAAAAUCUGUGAAGCUAGUACUUUAGAAACUGACUUCUUAAACAAACAAACAAAACAAAAUACAAGUAAAUAAUAGAAACCUCAAAAGCAAACAAAAAAGAGCCAAAACCCCCACAGAAAUGGAAUACUUGAGUUAUAAAUCACCUUUUGAAUUCAUUGUUACAUGUUGUUCAGGAAAUGGGUUUUAAACUUAAGUGCAUAUUAAACUGAUGCAUCAUACAAAGUCUGAGUGUUUUAAGUUUAGUACACUUAGGAAUAAGUUCUCACAAAUAGUCUUUGUAACUUUUACAAGGGCAGAAAAUACAACUGUGGAAUACUUCUAAGUGAGGAUGCAAGUCUUAUUUUAAAUGCUUCUAUUCCUCUGCUUUUAGAAGAACACAAGUAAUAUAUGUAAAAUAAAGAUUUUAUUUGAGAUUGCAAUGAAAAUGGUACAUUCUAAUAUAUUUUUAGUUCUACGUAGUCAGCAUGUUUUAUUACAUUA